AAACCCUUCAAGCCCCCACGUGGACUUAAAGGGCCGCGGCCGCGUACAAAAGGCAGUCGACGCCUAUGAACAUUCCGCCCUGCAGACCACUUUGUUACACAUUCUUAAAUAUCCGUUGCUCAAGCUCCUCUGACGACGCGAACAAAAAGGCGAAUUGCGCAAGUCGUUGAUUCUGUCGCGGGGGGGGGGAGAGCCUGGAGUGGAAGAGAGGCCGGGAAGAGGAGAUACGGAGGAGAUCGCCGGUGGCUUGGGUGGGGGGGGAGGGGCGGGGUGGGGUGGUGCCUCGCCGGGCCGAGGUGCGCCGCGCCCGGAGAAGCUGAUAUGUCUGGUGUGAAGAGGUCAUUUGAGGGGAAGGACCCCGACUAUGAAGAUGUGUCCACGGUUGUUCAGAAUAAACGACAGCGUGUCAUGGAGCAGUCGGCACGUGACGCCACUGUCCAGCGCAUUGAAGCCAUCAUCCGCGAACAGUUUGCCCAGGAGGUGAAGAAUAAGGAGCAUGAGAUUGAGAUAAUAGACUUGCGGCUGGCCGAAGCGCGGAGAAUGAUGGACAAGCUUCGCGCCUGCAUCGUGGCGAGCUACUAUGCGUCAGCUGCACAGCCCAGAGUUUCAGAGGGUGGCGAGCGCAAAAAGUCCGUGGAAUCGACGGCGUUCAACCACCCGGCCAUCCGCAAGUUCAUGGACCCUCCCUCCAGGUCGUCCUCGCCUGCCAACCAGAGGUCGGACUGUUCGUCUCAGGGCCAAUCGGAGACGGAGUCGAUUUUCCAGCCGAGUGACGAGCGCGAUGGGUGCCGGGAUGAGAGGGAGCGGGCAACAGAAGAGGAUCCAGACUUGGCCAGGGAGGAGAGACGCCCCUGCAGGAACACUCCCAAGGACACAUUUGGAGUUCCAAGUGUUGCAGAGGUGGAAAAGAGAAGGACCUACCUCCAAUUAGGGGAUGAUCCAUCCCGUCUGUAUUUCAAGAAAACGAUCGUCGUUGGAAAUGUUUCAAAGUACAUCGCGCCGGAGAAGCGCGAAGAGAACGACCAGUCGACACACAAGUGGAUGAUUUAUGUGCGUGGGUCGCGACGGGAGCCACGCAUCGACCACUUCGUCAAGAAGGUCUGGUUCUUCCUGCACCCGAGCUACAAGCCCAACGACCUGGUGGAAGUCAGCGAGCCCCCGUUUCACCUGACGCGACGCGGCUGGGGCGAGUUUCCCGUGCGAGUUCAACUCCACUUCAAGGACCUGCGCAACAAGCGUGUCGACAUCAUCCACCAGCUGAAGUUGGAUCGCACCUACACAGGACUGCAGACCCUCGGGGCUGAAACUGUGGUGGACGUGGAGUUGGACCGGCGCUCGCUGAGCGACGAGCCCGUUUCUGCGUCGCUGCCCCCGCCCGCGCCGGUGCUGCGGCAGCACCUCACGGCGUGCGUGUCAGCGCUCGCCUCCCCUUUCCCGUCGUCUCCGCCUCCCGCCGCCGCAACCACUGCCGCGGCCGUCGCCGGAACGGGCGGCCGAAGCUUGCCGAGCGGUGGCGCCUUCUCCUCCUCUUCCUCGUCGUCGCUAGACACGACGCCGGCGCUGUCCCCCUCGCCCAGGGCCCAGGCCACUGCCGCCACCACCGCCGGCAGCUCGGGUGCCAAGCUCGUGGAGGUGAAGAAGGAGUGCGUGGACAGGUUCUUGACCAUCUCGGGUGGCGGGUCCCGGGUGGAGGGACCCAACGGCGAGCCGGGCACCGCGAAGGAACCCGCGGGACAGCGUCCCACCUUCAGCCCCCACUGCAACUCGGCCUUUCAGCCCAUAACUGCGAGCUGCAAGAUCGUGCCGCAGGGAAAGCUGUCGACGCUUGGAGAGUCGCCCGGGCGCUCCUUCCAGCCGCUCACCGUCAGCUGCAAAAUCGUUUCAGGUUCUCCCGUGUCGACUCCGAGUGCGUCCCCGCUGUCUCGCACGUCCUCGCUCUCCCCCGUGUCUGGCAAGCAGAGCCCGGCCGUGCUGUCAGUGGGGACCCCGUACAUCAUUGGCAGCCCCUCUCCGAGCCCAGUGCCGAAGGUGGGCACGGCCGGUGGUGUGGAGGCUCGCUCGCCAGUCUCCAAACUGCACAUUCAUGGCAGCAGCUUCGUCAGCAUGUCCGCCGUCAAGGAGGAGGCUCUCUUUGCGACCAUGCCACCUCUGGGCCCCAUUGGCAGCCAGGCAAAGCUGCAGACCCCCAAGGCUAUCCCAGCUACCAUGGCUACACAGACCACCCUGCCCAAGGUGUUAUUGCACAACAUCUCCCAGAUGGUGAUCAAGCAGGAGCCGAUGGACGUCCAGCCGUCGCCCUCCGCCGGGCCUUCCCAGCAGCCCCUGCAGCAGUUUGUGACGAUGAAAGGAGGCCCUGUGAUCACGGUGCCCUCCCAGAAGACAGCCUCGCUCUCCACGACGACGCACACGCCCACCAAGGUGCUGGGGAUCCAGGCGGGCUGCUCCGUGUCGCCCGCCAAGCAGACCCUGACGCUAUCCAGCGGUCAGAUCCUGCUCGCAAAGCCGCUACCUCAGACAGCCAAGCUCCUCCCGCAGAAGGCAGCCGCUGCAUCGACCUCGGGGCCGGCCGGCCAGAAGGGCAUCACCGUGGUUACGACCUCGGCUGGCGGUGUUCAGAAACCCAUGUUGAUGGGGACAGCGACAGUGGCGGCUGGCAAGGCGGUCAUGGUGAGCAGCGUCGGGGCAUCCAUCCUCUCCCAGUCUUCGGCGACGACCGGAGGGGUCAAGCAUCCCCCAGGAGUGGCCACGGCGUCGUCGGGCACGACCAAACCCACCCAGGGCCAAGUGCUGGCGACCCUGCAGCUCCCCGCCACAAAUCUGGCGAACCUGGCAUCAUUGCCGCCCGGGACCAAGCUGUACCUGAGCACGCACGGCAAGCACGCGUCUGGCCGCGGCAAGCUGCUGCUCAUCCCACAGGGAGCAGUGCUGCGCACCAGCGCUGGCCAGACGCUGCAGGGCUCGGCGGGAGGUGCCGGCAGCGGCGUCACCUCCUCCUCCAGCGCCGUCCUGGGCUCCCUGCAGCAGCACGGGAAGCAGCCGCCCUCCCUGCCCUACACCUCCUACAUCCUGAAGCAGACCCCGCAGGGAACCUUCCUUGUGGGGCAACCGGCAUCGUCGUCAUCGUCAUCGCAGCCAUCCCCAGUGAAGGCGGCCGGCUCCCCCGUGCAGCCCCACCCCCCCGGGAGCCCCUCCCCUGGCCCCGCCCGUGUGCCCACUCCAAGCCAGCAGGCGGCUGUCAUCACACAGAUCAUGCAGCCCCCGGGAAGCCCGUCGGUGCACCCCACGCCCUCGUCCAGCCCCGCGGGCCCCGAGGCAAGCCCGGCUAGGAUCACCACGCCAGCUGCUCUGCCCCAGCAUGUCGUGCCUGCCGCUGGCGCGACGAUGUCGGGUCUGACGCUGUCCCUCAGCAGGCCGCCCUCGGCACACAUCCUCCUCUCCCCUGGGCAGCAGCUCGUGGCCACGCCAGAGAGCGGCAGCUCCCCAGCGCAUCAGGUCGUCCUCCCCACCGGCGUCUCCCUCGGCAACAAGCCGGUGUCCACGACAGCGGCUGGGAUGGCCGCGCUCCACGCGGCUGGAUUCCCCGGAAAGGCCGUCGCCACCAAGUCCGCAGGCGGCACCCUGAAGCUCCAGUCGAGCGGCUCCCCGGCGGGGCCUCAGCAGGCGGUGCUCUCCAUCCCCGCCAGCCAGCUCAAGCAGCCGGCCGUCCCCAGCGCCAGCUCUGGGGUUCACACCGCGCUGCUGCCGCUGCAGCCGCUUGCCAAAGCUCAGGCCCAGUCUAGUUCGGGGCCUGUCAUGAGCCCCAGCACCGAGGCUCUGCCUCCCAACUCCCCCGGCCCCACUUCUCUGCAAGUGAAAACGGAGCCUGGCACUGCCCCUCUGCCCGUGGAGCUGCCCGGAGCCUCGGGGCCUCUGCUCGAGGUCAAGUCGGAGCUGCCCUCCCCCGGCGUGCAGGAUAGCACCUCCGCGAACGUCCUCGUUGAUGUUGAUCACAUUGAGAACAUAGAUCAGCUUCUGACCGCCAUCGUGAAGAAGGUCCCACUGCUGGUGAGCGAGAGAGCAGGAGAAUCGACGACGCACCCGUUCUGCGCUACGUCGCUGGAGCAGUUCUACAGCUGGAAUAUCGGCAAACGGAGAGCCGCAGAGUGGCAGCGCGCAGCGUGCGUGCGCAGGCUGGCGUCCGAGAUCCUGGACGGCUGCCACCCACGACUCGCAGCGCCGACCCACCCCGCGGAGCCACUCGGCACGCGGCGCGUCAUGGCGUGGUGCCGCCAACGCGGUUACACGCCGCCCGACCCGGCCACGGCCGGGGAGAGCCAGGAGAGCCUGCUCGAGGAGAUCCUCACCCAGAUAGACUCCGAGCCAGAGGUACCGAGCUCCCUGUCGUGCGCCUCGGACCUGCACCGCCGCCUGGAGGAGCUGGAGGCUCGGCUAAGCGGCGCAGAGGCACUGGCGGAAGAUGACGAGGAAGACGCAGAGGUGGACGUGGUGGAGGUGACGGGAGACGAGUCGCGGGCGGCGGUGCGGGUCAAGCGAGAGGUGAAGCAGGAACCGGGGGCGCGCGCCGGCCACCCUCACGAGGGUGACGCGAGGCUCUUUCUGGGCUCCGGGCCGGCCGAGGAGUUUGUCCGGGAGAGCGCGCGAGAGAUCGGGAUCAACUUGGCUCCAACGGAGGUGGACAAAAACGUGUUCGCCCCUCUGGUGGAGACGAUGAUCAUGAAGGCUACGGAGCAGUUCAUGAGUGACGUCAUGAGAGAAGCUCUGCGCUGCGCGUACGACAGCUCUCCUCGCAACAGGCCUCCGAGAGAGCUGUGUGUUCAGCACCUGCAGCAAGCACUCUGCUCGCUCCCCACUUGCGACUUCGUCACCAACAAGAACCUGGGCGUCAUGCUGCAGCCCAAGCAGCAGGAGCCGUAGUACCAGCGGUCGGCACCGGCGUGAGGAGGCCUUCAUCCAGCAGCGGAUUUAUCUUAACUGGUGACGGUGAUGAGCAGUCUCGGCUUGUGCACGUUCGCUUCCUUCUAGACCUCACAACCGACUGCUGUUAGCAGUUGAACGCGGACUCUGGGCACUGACCCCUCUCCAUACGUCUCCAUGUAUCUGUGUACGUUGAACUUCACUCGCACCGUACGUGAGCCAACCGCGCUAAUCGGAGGUGCGGGUGUAAUCGGCGGUGCAUCGCCAAGUCCCCCUCCUUUAAUUUGUAAAAGAAAAUAAUUAGCAUUACCCAUGUACGUAUGUCGAUUGAAGGACGUGGACCGCGCAGCCGUGUCCACCAACCACUACCGACAACCAGACCAUAGUCGCGGAUAAACACAAUGUGAAAUUUCUGAAGCAUUUCAAAAUUCGCACCCUUGGCAGCAAACGCUCGGCCCGGUCAGUCAAGCCGUGGCCGGGCAUGUCAUUUCAGGGCCAGUUGACCUCAGCCAGGGCCGGCAAAAAGGAUUGCAACAACACCAGUGCAGUCGCAAACCAGUGAGCUUCCUGCCCAUCUCUGCGCAACGUCGUCAGGUUUGGGGAAAGCUACGUAUCCACGACAUCACGAGGUCGGUGCCAGAACGGUGUGGCACGACUGGAGCACAUUGGCACAAGACAGGAAAGCGGGAAACAAAACAACGAAAUGUGCAGUGUGACACCUACGUGGAUCGUGACGAUGACGUGUCUGCGAUGCUCGGCGAGAUGAUGGUUUCCAUACAGUGAGGGCGUUAACAGCCCCGCCCCCUCACCACCCGGCGUACUUCGGAAGUAUUCCAGAGUCGCCAUCCUCCGUUGUCACCUUUGGGACGACCGCCGCAGAAACGCAGCAUUCCCAAGGAUGCCGACGAUAACGACGCCGGGCGUGUUGCACGACGCGACCAUCGCGGGUUUUUUUCUUUUCUUGUUUGUAGCGGAUGUGUUUCACAGUUCGUUGAAAGUAAGGUUGAGAAAGUACGUUCUAAGUCUGUUUGACACGUCGGCUUUCGCGACCAAUAUCAUCCAUAAUACAGGUUUUUUGGAGAAAUUCCAAAUGAAACCGAUCUAACCCAAAGAAACCUGUAUGAUGGACGUUAUACGUCGUCGUGGUCACCGCCACCGUGGCGAAAGCGUCGAUUGAAGCGCCCACCCCUCUUCGAUGGCGUUUGGUGACCCCCCCCGUCCCCCAGCUACCAUUUGAUGUAGCCCCUUGGAGCACACGUGCUGACGUUCGCGAUUUCAGUUGAGAGGAACGCCAUGCCACCCUCCGGGGUCAGUGGUGAGUUGUGCUGGUUAGGCUUUCCCAUAGCCGUCUUGGUAACCUCACAUUUUUGUAUAAUUUUGUAUGAAAAUAAAGUUAUUCGGAAGCAAACGUU